CCGCAUUCGGUAUUUUUGUGAAACUGGUUAUUCGCGUAGGCCGUGGAAUGAGUUCUUCCACGGCCUACUAGAGAUAUCUCUAGUAGGCCGUGGUUCUUCGGAUUAAUGCCUACUUAGAUUUUUGACUUUUGCAACAAGUUCUGAACUAAAUACGGAAUUUGAACUCACAAACACAAUAUCAUAAAUAUGGUAGAUUGGGGGAAGAUGAGUUUUUAUUAUUUUAUCGUCCCAUUUUGGUAGUGAAAACAAGUUAGAACUAUAUAUUCGUAUUCCUACGACUGUAUAAAAGCGUUGUUAAUUGUUGAAACAUGAUUUAAAAAGAUGGAAUAUUAUGUGCUAAUAAUAUUCAUUUUACUUCACAAUACCAUAUUUAUUUUGUUAAACGACUACCUUUAUAAAAAGAUAAUAAUAAAGUUUUAAGAACCUCCACUCUUUUCUUUCCCAGUAGUCUACUCCUUUUUUCUGCGUUUUAAACCAGUUGCUACAGGGCGAUAAUGUUUUCUUUUUCUUUUAGUUUAUAUAAAAUUGAGAAAUUUUUUUCCGACGUGGCAUUCAGACGACCGCGCAAAGGUUAAACUUGUACUGAUAAAGGCAAGUGACCAAAGUUACGGAACAAAAUAGCAUAGAAGCAACCUAAUUUUUUGAGCACUGUAGUAUUUUGAAAGUUUAGGUUUACUUUAGUAUUUUACGAUGUCUCAUUUUAACAUAAAGCGCUGCAGUAUACAAAUUUGUUGAUUGCCGGCUAUAGAAUAUAAUAUAGACUUUGCUAGUUUUACGUGAACAGAUUUUUCUAAUGUACUAUUUUGCCUACUGUAUAAGUUUUUAAAUACAAUUAAUUUCUACAUUGUUGCAGUUUUGUAAGAUCAUAAUAGCAAUAAUAAUGAGUAACAAUAGCAGCGACACAAUUUUCACUAUUUCGGAACUGAAAAACCUGGAGUCGAAUUUGGACCAAUUUUUCCUAGUAAUUUGUGGAAUAUUUAUAUUAUUUAUGCAGACUGGCUUUGCGUUUUUGGAAGCAGGUUCUGUCCGCAGCAAAAAUACGACAAAUAUUAUCAUGAAAAAUGUUCUUGAUUUAUUUAUUGGUGCUAUCAUGUAUUUUGCCGUCGGCUAUUCGUUCGCGUACGGCCAACCAGGGAAUCGUUUCAUCGGCCACAAUUAUUUCUUUGCGACGAACAAAGAUGAGAACUUCACAUACGCAUCAUGGUUCUUUCAAUACGUAUUUGCUGCAACUGCAUCUACUAUAGUAUCUGGUGCGAUGGCUGAACGAACUGAGUUUACAACUUAUAUGGUGUACUGCACUUUUCUUACUGGCUUCGUGUACCCAGUUAUAGUACAUUGGUGCUGGACGGACGUUGGUUGGCUGCAAUAUGGAACUGGUACCGGGUUAAAAUAUAUCGACUACGCUGGGUCCGGUGUUGUUCACUUAACUGGAGGGACAGCGGCGUUUGUUGGAGCGAUUAUUCUUGGACCACGAAUAGGAAGAUUUAAUAACGAUGGCACCGUAAAUGAUCUGCCUGGACACACUGUAACUGUUGCGGCUUUGGGUGGGUUUAUCUUGUUCGUCGGGUUCAUGGCAUUCAACGGCGGAUCUCAGCUUACUAUUUCGAACCCCGGGGACGGAGCUAUUGUUGCCUUAUCUAUUAUGAACACUGUACUUGGUGGGGCAUCAGGUGCAAUAGUGGCGAUGCUGGUUUAUAAAACAACAGACGCCAUUCGAGGGGAAGAUCAUUACUGGUCGUUGUUGAUCACCAUCAACGGUGGAUUAACCGGCAUGGUAUCUAUGUGUGCCGGAUGUAACGAUAUGCUACCAUGGGCUGCAGUAGUGAUUGGUACAGUCGCUGGACUUGCUUUCAUGACGUGGCAUCAUAUCAUGCUAAAGCUUAGGAUUGACGAUCCGUUAGACGCUGUGGCAGUGCAUCUCGGCGGUGGACUUACGGGCGUCCUUCUUGCCCCAAUAUUCGUUGUAAAGGGUUUGCAGCUCGCUGAGACGAAAGAAUACGUUGGUGGAAUCAUAUAUGGAAAACAUUGGCUCGCUUUCCAGGGCUUUGGUUGGAACCUUCUUGGAGCAGUCGCCAUCAUCAUAUGGACGGGUGUGAUCAGCAUCCUGUUGUUUGGAAGCAUGAGUUUGCUUGGUGUUCUACGUGUAAGCGAGGAAGUUGAAUUGAAAGGCCUGGAUAAACUGAAGCAUGGUGAACCGGCUUAUCCUAUUGAGAGCUAUUGUGACGGCGUACCACCUUGGAGCAAAGAUUGUGAGAAAGCAAAUGGAACGGGCCUCGUUGUAAUGAACAAUCAAGCUAUUGAAAAUGGUAUAAGCGAAGAACAAGAGCAAGAAGAAGAAGUGGCAAGGACAAAACUAUGAAGAGAUAUAACUAAAGACGAAAUGCUAGGACAAAAAUCAAGUCCAACGAAUAGUAUUCUAUCAGAUAUUUCGCCACAAAUGACACAGUAUCUCUUAUUCAAACAGCUUCUGGUAUAGUUGAACUGGUUAAGCAAAAAAUAACCGUGAUAAAGUACGUGAAUGUAUGGCCUGAUCUAAAUGCGCAUGAAGUUGGACGAUUCUGUAACAAAAUAUCCUUUUUUAAAUUGGUAAAUUGCGUCAGAUUUGUUUUUUAUGCUUUCGAUUAUUUUCCAUUGCUUGCCGCGUGUAUAGUGUAGUGCAUACGUACAUGCUUGUGCAUUUUGCUUCGCGUCAUAUAUAGGGAAAAUGGGACAUCUAUUCGAUCUAUUUUCUUGUCCCAUUCGGUAGUGAAACAAAGACAAUUGAAAGAAUUAUAAAACCGCAUCAUCACGACUCCCAUAUACCGUUAUUAAUUGUUUAAAACACGAUCGGGAUAUUUGGAUAUUAUGUGCUAAAAGUUUCCUAUACCACUUAUAGACGUUAUACAUUACGUAGACUUUAAAUUUACAAACUUUCACUUGCAGCAUUUACUUUAUAUAUUUUAAAACGUAUUGGGCACUUGCCAAAUGCAUUCAAGCAGAAUUUGCCUGUACAUUUUUGCUUUUUUCACUUUCAUCGGCUUUGUUAUUUUAUUUACAUAGCUUUAGGGUGGUUUUAUAAAUAAAUAAAUAAUAUAUCUUUGAGUCACUUAUUGAAUCACA